AUUCAUUGAUAUCAAACAAAAUCAAAUGGUUUUUUAAAUAAAUUGUUUUAAGCUAAAGCCAAGGCCAUCAAAAUAGUGACGAUGGGCUGUUCCAACUCAAAGUCAGCCAUCAAAUUAAACGAUGAGGACAUUGAGUUUCUUAGAAAAAAUACAAAUUACACCGAGAAGGAGAUCCGUGACUGGUAUAAGGGUUUCCAAGUGGACUGUCCUAAUGGAAAGUUGCCUAAAGAGAAAUUCUUGGAGAUAUAUCAGGGAUUCUUCAAGGGUGGUAAUCCCGACAAGUUUUGUGAACACGUUUACCGAACUUUCGAUGAGGACGGCAACGGUUGGAUCGACUUCAAGGAGUUUCUCUUAGCCAUUGGUAUCACCACCAGUACUAACCCCAGAGAAAAACUAAAAUGGGCUUUUAAAAUGUAUGACAUCAAUAAUGAUGGUCUCAUUGAAUUGGAUGAAAUGACAAAAAUAAUUAAAGCUUUACACGAAAUGCUCGGCGAAGAGGCAAACGAGGCAUUUGAUGGCGAAGAAGCAGCUCUUAGAGUGAAAGAUAUAUUUGAGAAAAUGGAUGCAAACAAUGACGGAAAGAUAUGCUUAGAGGAGUUCCUCGAAGUUUGCAAUAUUGACGACGGAUUAGCAAAAUUGCUGUCACUUUCCGGUGACACCUAAUUGUCACCAAUUCUUCAUUCCAUAUAUUAAUGCAUUUAAUAUAUAAAAUAAAUUACAAAAAUGAAUACAUUUAGUGCUAAAUUGACAAUUCAUUAAUAAAGAGCUAUACAG